AUGGCGCCCGCGAAUCCCUCUCUCCCCUCCUCCUUCUCCCCAGGAGAUGGCACUGGUGCUCCAAACGCCGCCUUUCAUACAAAGCUAUUCAUUAACAACAAGUACAUCUCUGCCAAAUCAGGCCAGUAUUGGACGGUUCGAAAUCCGAGCGAUGACUCUAUUGUUACAAACGACGUCCACUGUGCUGGGGAAGAAGACGUCAACGAUGCAGUGGCAUCUUCCAAAUCUGCGUUCGAGGGAAGUUGGGGCAAGAUGGCCAGCAGCGAGCGUCAAAAGAUCAUGCUGAAACUUGCCGAUCUGCUCGAUUUAGAAUAUCUUAAUCUAAUGAAGCUUGAAAGCAUUGCAAUGGGACAGCCAACUGCCUUUGCUGCUCGUCUCGGCGCAACCUUAGGAUCCAUUGUCCGGUAUUACGCCGGAUGGUGCGAUAAGCUUCCUGGAGAGAUGCAACCAGAAGAUGACGAUGGACGUUUCAAACUGGUGCGCUACCAGCCCUUGGGUGUCUGCGCUGGUAUUGCCGCAUGGAAUGCCACCUUGGCUUUCCUUUGCAUGAAGGUCAUGCCUGCUAUUGCAGCUGGAAACACAUUUAUAUUCAAAUCAUCGGAGAAAUCACCUCUGGGGUCCUUGGCAUUUGGGGAACUAGUAUAUAAAGCUGGUUUCCCCCCUGGCGUCGUCAACAUUAUAUCCGGCCCUGGGUCGACAGGGGAGCUACUUGCUUCUCAUAUGGGCAUAAAAAAGAUCAGUUACACCGGUUCCGUGACGGCAGGACGUAAAGUCCAGAUCUCCGCGACGAACAGUAACCUUAAGCGUGUCACUCUCGAACUUGGGGGUAAAUCCCCCUCAAUCAUCUUUUCUGAUGCGGACCUUGAAAAUGCGCUUGAGAAUUCCUCACAGAACUUUCUGAUCAACUCCGGCCAGAUCUGCGUUGCUGCGACAAGAGUUAUCAUCCAUGAAGAUAUCGCUGAAAAGUUUGCGGCGGGGUUAAAGGCUCGCUUCGAGAUGUUCAAGGAUGCCAUGGGUGACCCUUUGGCGGAAGGAACGUUUCUUGGGCCGCUGGCCGAUAACCUGCAGACAGAGCGCGUCCGGGCCCUUUUUUGA